GCUACGCAGGUAGCAGCCUGGGACCUCUCCGGAAGGGGCGGAGCUCUGCGCUCGCGCACGAAGCUUUCUCCCUGGAACGCGCAGCGCGCCCCAGGCCCCGCAGCCGAGCGCCGAGCUGCCGAUCUGUCACUCCCGCAGCCCUCGCUCGCGUCGCUCGUGGCUCCACCCGCCAUUGUAAUCCAUACCCCGCUAUGGAGCAUGCCUUUACCCCGCUGGAGCCCCUGCUACCCACGGGAAACUUGAAAUACUGCCUUGUGGUUCUUAAUCAGCCUUUGGAUACACAUUUUCGUCAUCUUUGGAAAAAAGCUCUCUUAAGAGCCUGUGCUGAUGGAGGUGCCAACCACUUAUAUGAUCUCACUGAAGGAGAGAGAGAAAGCUUUUUGCCUGAAUUCAUCAGUGGGGACUUUGAUUCUAUUAGGCCUGAAGUCAAAGAGUACUACACCAAGAAGGGCUGUGAUAUCAUUUCAACUCCUGACCAAGACCACACUGACUUUACCAAGUGUCUUCAAGUGCUCCAAAGGAAGAUAGAGGAAAAAGAACUGCAGGUUGAUGUGAUUGUGACCCUGGGAGGUCUCGGUGGGCGUUUUGACCAGAUCAUGGCAUCUGUGAAUACCCUUUUCCAAGCCACUCACAUCACCCCUGUGCCAAUUAUAAUACUCCAAAAGGAAUCUCUCAUCUACCUCCUCCAACCCGGAAAGCACAGGCUCCAUGUAGACACUGGCAUGGAAGGCAGCUGGUGUGGCCUUAUUCCUGUUGGACAACCUUGCGACCAGGUGACGACAACAGGCCUGAAAUGGAACCUCACAAAUGAUGUGCUUGGCUUUGGAACACUGGUCAGUACUUCUAACACCUACGAUGGGUCCGGCCUUGUCACUGUGGAAACUGACCACCCACUCCUCUGGACUAUGGCCAUCAAGAGCUAACCUACAGUGUGGCAACCAUCUUGUGCCUGUGCCUUCUCUUACCUGCUCACUGGUUCACUGCUCAGUAUAGACAAACACAUAGGUGUGCAGAAAUCUAAACUUCUCCAUAGCGAGCCAUGAGCUUUCAAGGUGUUAGGGGUUAAGGUAUAGCUGAGCAGCAGAGCACUUGUUGGGCAUACAAGGCCUGGGUUUCAACCUUCCACACCACAAAAUAAAGAUGGUGGUGUUUAAAGAUUCCAGGUUAUGCUAUAAAUGAUAUCUCAAUGUUAUAUUGAUGGAAAAAUUAUGGUCUAUCAAAGCAAAUAAGGUGUAUUAUACAGCCAAUAUAGCUAAUGUGGAUCAUUACAUUAUAUAAUUCAGUUUUGAUCAUUUUAAUUUAAUUAAUCAGUCCACUUACCUUAAAAUUCUGUUUUUAAUUUUGAAGCACCAGAAGCUGUUUUGUGUUGCCUUGGAAUCUAGCACUUCCUUAAGUGCCUGACAACAAGGGCUGCCUCCUCUGAGCAUCUCCUACCAUCAGAUUCCGCUCUGUAAUGUACAGUCUUUCCCCGACUGCUGUGAUAGAAUGACACCGGUUCACUUUAACAUCAUCUUUUAAAAGAUAAGAAUCAUUGACUUAAUUGUUUGGUUUGAAAGCAAGCAGCUACAUGGGCUGCAGGGAAGUGAGAAAUGGCAAUUCCGGAUUCACUCAAACAUUAACCCCUGAAAACUUGAAAGUACGCACUCUGAGCUCUACAAACAUGGGUGUCCUUAUGAAAAUUGUGACAUGCCAGAAAGCUUCGUGCUGAGGAAUCAAUCAUAAGCCUGAAAAUACAGUCACUUUUAACAUAUCUUGCACUAGGGGCUGGAGAGAUAGUUCAGUGGUUAGGGGCACUGGCUGCUCUUCCAGAGGUCCUGAGUUCAGUUCCCAGCAACCACAUGGUAAUUCACAACCAUCUGUAAUGGGAUCCGAUGUCCUCUUAUGGCAUGCAGGUGUAUAUGCAGAUAGAGUACUCAUAAACAUAAAAAUAAAAAAAAAAUCUGGGGAAAAACACACUUCACACUAAAAGUCAAAAUACUAAUUCAUGGACCAUAUUUACUGACAUCACCAGAAAAUGAGUGUGCCUAUGGAGAGAAAUAAACACCACUUGCUGAGGAAUUGACACCUGAAGCCUGUUUCUGCAUCCCAGUCCACCAUGUACCUGGUUCCUGAACUGCUUCUCUCUGCUGUAUGGUGAGAGGGGUUGUGAUCACUGAGUGUGUGAAAGAACCACAGAUAUAAACUCUAAAUGCUAACAUGUUGCAGUUGUAGAGUAAGUAAUACACUUCCUGAUCUAACCUAAGCUUGCUGCUGCAUUAGAAUUUAUUCAUGUUUCUUUCAUGAGCUCCCCUACUCAUAUUCCUACCCUCUCCUGUCCCAUUUGUUAAGCUGUAUCUUGCCAAACAAACCAUGAUUUAAGGCAACCUACCUACCAUGUUAGACUUAUCCAAUGACUAUGUUACUGUCUUCUUGGUGCUACAACAGUAUGAAGCUAAAAUAGAGGAAGAAAGGGGAUCAGUUGAACCAAUACCAAGUUCUUAACAGAAAUAGUUAGAAUCAUUAUUAUUAUUAUUUUAUGCAAAUAUAUGAUUCUGAAAUCUGAAUGUCAAAUAAAAAGUUAUCAAUGUGCAUUCUGUAAUGAGUUUCUCAGAAAAUGUUUAAUGUUAUCACUUGUAUUUCAAUAUGACUAAUCUCUCAUAAUCAGUAUUUCUAUUCAAAAGGUGACUUAAGAUGUGUAAUUCAUAAUAAAAUCUCAGAUCUGAUUGCAGAUAG